AUGGCGCAUUACGAUGAGGGCCUCGGCGAGGACGACCUCCUGUACGACGAGAACUACGACGGCGCCGACGACGACAUGGGGGAGCCCGAGGACGAGGACGAAGACAACGGCCGUCGCCGGCGCCCCCGCGACUCAACGAACGACGAGUUCGAACGCGACCUUGCAGCCAUGGACCAGGACUUCACGGACGCCGCGCCCGCGAGCGACGCACGCGACAAACCCCAGCGCGCCCCCGGCAACGUCGUGGACCACGCCGGCAAGUCCCUCGAGGAGCUGAUCAAGGAAAAACAACAAGCGCAGCGCAACAGCCAACAACAACAGCAGCAAAGGCGGCCCCCGCCCCCCGACCGGCACGACAGGCGCGCGGCCGGGCCCCCGACCGGCCACGCGCCCCCGGGCGGUCCCCGGCCGCGGCCCCGCCCGCGCGGCCGCCCUUCGCUGGACCCCCCCGGGGGCCUCCGGGCGGCCCCCCCGGGAUGCGGCCCGGCCCGUGGCGCCCCCCGGGCGGGCCCUGGGGGCCCCCGGGGCCCUACGGCGGGAUGA